CUUGUCACAACUUCAACAAAUUAAGCAAAUUUGCAUUCUGAAGUCUCAACCCUUCUCUUCCCCUCCAUCUAUCAUAAGCUAAAAAAAAACAUCAUUAAAAAAGAAGAAGAAAUGCCUUGCCUAGAUAUAUCUACUAACGUCAACCUGGAUGGAGUGGACGUCGACUCAUUCUUCAAAGAAGCCACCACCGCCGUCGCCAACAUCAUCGGAAAACCCGAAAAGUAUGUGAUGGUUGUACUAAAAGGAUCAGCAAACAUACAUUUCGGAGGGAAUAAGGAACCAGCUGCUUUUGCUGAGGUUGUGUCCAUGGGAGGCAUCAAUUCAGAGGUUAAGAAGCAGCUCAUUUCUUCUAUUGGUUCAAUGAUGGAGGCCAAUUUCUCCAUUCCCAGGACUAGGUUUUUCCUCAAAGUUUUUGAUACCACUUUGGCUAAAAAGCUGUCCAAAAUCUGAGAUACACUGUUUAAUUAUCUCGCAAUUAAAAGUAUUAUAUAUAUUGGCUUUGAUUUGCCAAUUAUAUAUGUAGUAUGAUUAUGCUAAAUUGAAUUGUGUAGUUAAGGAUAAUAAUGAUUAUGCAAAAUUAACUAUCCCUUAUUUAAGUAUUUCUGUUAACUGGGUA